UGAAACUAUAUGCCAUGAGCAGAUUUGUUUUGAUUUUCAAAAUAUGCAAAAAUGCUCUCGAAUAAAGGUGCCCUUGCCCUGAUUUGUGUUUAUGGGGAAGACAGUUCAGAUGACGAAGUGCCAGGUCCACGUGUAUCGACAAAACGGGUGCAUAAAGACGACAGCGACGAUGAUCCGGACAAAGUAAAACGAAAGGAAAAAUUGCCCGUACCAGCUGAAUUACUAAAAUCAAACAAUGACAAUGAAGUUAUGGACGAGCCUUCUUUGCAUGAUGGCAGAAUUAGAUCUUUCCCACAUGAACGAGGCAAUUGGGCCACAUAUGUGUACAUACCUUAUGAACAAGAUACUACUGGAAUGUUGGAAUUGAUACAAAAAAUCAAAAAUAUUAUACCUAUGGAUAUCGAAUUAAAAGAGGUAGAUGAUUUUCAUAUCAGUUUGACUAAAACUGUUGUAUUGAAACAUCAUUGGAUUCAACCUUUUGUAGAUUCAGUAAAACAACAUACUAUUCAUAAAAAAAGAUUUAUGAUAAUGUUUGACUCAUUCAAAAUUUAUUGUAAUGAGGAAAGAACUCGAACAUUUAUAGGUCUGACUGUUAAAACUGGGUUUGAUUCACUUAUGCAACUGGUUGAAAUUUUGGAUAAAUGUUUGGUGGAAUAUAAACUACCAACAUUUUAUCAGGAUCCAUCUUUUCACAUGAGUAUUGCUUGGAUAGUAGGAGAUGUAGAGGAGGAAUUGAAUAAGUAUAUCUCAGAAAUGAAUAGUAUUUUUAAUCAGUUGAUUAGUGUUUAUUCACAAGAAAAUUGGUACAUUUAUGUCAAUUACCUGUUAUGUAAAUCGGGUAAUAAAACCUUCCAAUUUAAUUUGUGUUAAUAUAUCAGUAAAAGCCACAGUUUAAUUUACACAGUACUUUGUGGUAGUAAGACACAGUAGAGCUGUAAACGAGUGAGACUGACAAUAUACAAUAAUCAUGUUUUAUAUUAUACUGGCGUGAAUGAAAGUGCUAAAUUAAAAUAUACAAAACGUCCCUCAAAAUAUUCUCAAAAAGUCAAUAAAGUAUAUUUUAAUUUAGAGUGAUCCAAAAAUGUUUUACUCAUGGUGGAUGAAAGAGCUUAUUAAGUAUUAGCUGUCCCAAAUAAACACUCCUGUUGUGACACAUUAAACUGUCGCAUUUAUUUAUUGAGGGUUUUAGGAAGUUGUUUUUUGUUUAAAUAAACAGUAUUGUUGGAAAA